CCUGCGGAAUACUGGUGGAGCGUUUGUUGCGCUGUGUGGACCCAAGCACAUGUGGACGUCAGUGAUCUGAUGUUAUUGUAGUCAUUGAAGAAAAUGGCUGAUAGCGCAGGAAACUGGUGUCUGAUUGAAAGUGACCCUGGAGUUUUCACAGAAUUAAUCAAAGAAUUUGGUGUGAAAGGUGUCCAGGUAGAGGAACUGUGGAGUUUAGAUGCAGAACAAUUUGAAAAUUUGAAACCUAUCCAUGGGUUGAUCUUCUUGUUUAAAUGGGUUCAAGAUGACGAGCCCACUGGGUCCAUUGUUCAAGACACCCGACUGGAUAAAAUAUUUUUUGCUAAACAGGUCAUCAAUAAUGCCUGUGCUACUCAAGCAAUCCUUAGCAUUUUAUUAAAUUGCAAACACCCAGACUUAACUCUAGGCCCAACCCUUACAGAAUUCAAAGAGUUCUGCCAGACUUUUGAUGCUAACAUGAAAGGGCUCACACUGAGCAACUCUCAGACCAUACGCUCUGUUCACAAUUCAUUUGCCCGGCAGACCCUCUUUGAAUUUGAAUCCAAAUUGGCUUCCAAGGAUGAUGAUGUAUACCACUUUGUUGGUUACAUUCCUAUAGAUGGACGGUUAUAUGAACUGGAUGGACUUAAAGAAGGUCCCAUUGAUCUGGGUGCAGUUACUCCAGAUGUGGAUUGGUUAGAUAUUGUCCGUCCCAUUAUUGAGAAAAGGAUAAAGAAGUAUAAUGAAGGUGAAAUACAUUUUAAUCUAAUGGCAAUUGUAUCUGACCGAAAAAUGACAUAUGAGAAGAAAAUUUCACAGAUUCAAAAACAAAUGGAGGAGAGUGGCAUGGAAACUGAUAUUCAACAAGCAGAAAUCUCCAGGCUACGAUUACUGAUUGAGGAAGAAGAACUAAAAAAUAAACAGUACCAGAUUGAAAAUAUCAGAAGGAAACAUAACUAUCUCCCACUCAUUGUAGAGAUUUUAAAAAUACUUGCUAAAGAGGGUCAACUUCUGCCUCUUUACGAAAAGGCUAAGGAAAGAGCUCUGGAAAAGGAAACCAAGAGAGAAGAAGCAAAAGCAUGAAAACUCUUGUGUGUUACUAUACAAAUCAGAAACUCAAAUAUUACAAGAAUAGUGACAUUUUUGUUUUACCCACAAAUAAUAUAAAUGAAUCAUUCAAUAUCCUAAAAUGUGUUGGGAAAAUUUAUUCCUCUUGUUUUUAUUUUCUAAGGAAAUUUGUGA